UAGGAAGCCCUCGCACGGGCAGCAACUGGAACGAGCAUCGACCUGCAUUGGACUGCGCGGGCAGGCAGCAGCAGCAGCAGCGGCGGCGAUCACAAGCGGCAGCAGCAUCAUCAUUCACCACACAUCCCCGUUAGCAGACAAGCACGCUGAGCCCCACCCCCGCCCGUCGCGGCCCCCGCUCCUCAUCUCCCAUGGAAGACAUGGAGGAUGAGCUCAAGUGUCCGGUGUGCGGGGCCAUGUACCGGGACCCCGUGCUGCUGCCCUGCUCGCACAACCUGUGCCUGGCAUGCGCUCGCAACAUCCUCGUGCAGACGCCCGAUGGGGAACUACCAGCACAGCACCAGCAGCAGCAGCAGCCGGUAGCAGCGGUGUCAGGAACAUCUCAACAACCACCACCACCACCACCGGCGGCAGCGGCGGCAGCGGCAGCGGCAGGCACGGGCAGUGCGUCGCAACUCCAGCACGCGGUGGCAAACGGUGCGGUGGCUCCUCGCGUAUCCCCCUCGGGCUCGGACUACGACUACCUGGAGCUGGACAAGAUGAGUCUCCACAGCGAGGCGGACAGCGGCUACGGCUCGUUCGGGGGCUACCUGACCAGCCCCGGCACGCCGAACGCGCCGAUGGCCACCACGCCCUCCUCCUCCUCCUCCUCCUCCUCCUCCGCAGCGUCGUCCUCCUCCUCCUCCGCGUCCUCCUCCUCCUCGCUGUCGUCGGGGGUGGCCGUCCUGCCGAAGCUGUCCCCGAACGGGGUGCGCGUGUUCCCGCCGACCCCCGUGCCGAGCGCGGCGCCGCGGCCCCCCCUGCCCUCCUACCAGCACCACAGCCAGCUGCACCCGCAGCACGCGCUCAUGCACGCACAGCUGCUGCAGCAGCACCACAUCCUCCAACAGAAGCAGCAGCAGCAGCAGUUGCUGCAACAACAACAGCAGCAGCAGCAGCAGCAGGCGGCCGCGGUCCAGCAGCGGCACCGCAACUCGUGCCUGACGUGCCCGCAGUGCCACCGCAGCCUGCUGCUGGACGAGCGUGGGCUGCGGGCCCUGCCCCGCAACCGCGUGCUGGAAGCGGUGUGCGACCGCGUCGCGCAGCGCGGCCGGGCGCGCGCCCUGCAGUGCCAGCUGUGCGAGCGCAGCCCCGCGCGGCCCGCCAGCGUCCUCUGCGAGCAGUGCGACGUGCUCUACUGCGACGCGUGCCGCAGCCGCUGCCACCCGGCCCGGGGGCCCCUGGCCAAGCACCGGCUGCUGCCGCCGGCGCUGGUGCUGCAGGCGCGCGCGUCGGCGUCAUCGACAUCGGCGGCGGCGGCGGCGGCGGCGCCCCUGCUGGGGGCGGCCGCCCGGGCCGCGGUCGGCGCCGGGCUGCUGGGGCUGGGAGCGCUGGGGCCGCCGGCCGCGCGGCGCCCGGCCACGUGCGCGGAGCACGAGCUGGAGAGCCACUCCAUGUACUGCGUGCCGUGCCGGGCGCCCGUGUGCUACCAGUGCCUGGAGGAGGGCAAGCACGCGCGCCACGAGGUGCGCGCCCUCGGGGCCAUGUGCAAGCUGCACAAGGGCCAGCUCUCCCAGGCUCUCACUGGCCUAUCGGACCGAGCCAAGGAGGCCAAGGAUUUCUUGGGGCAGCUGAAGAACGCAGCCACACAGAUUCAGGAGAGCGGCGUGGAGCUGGAGGCCUGCCUCGUGGCGCAAUGCGACGCGCUCGUCGACGCCCUGAACCGCCGCAAGGGACAGCUGAUGGCACGAGUCGGCAAGGAGCGAGAGCAGAAGCACAAGCUGGUGCGGGAUCAGAUGAGCCACUGCUCUGUGAAGCUACGGCAGACGACAGGGCUCAUAGAGUUCUGCCUGGAGGUGAUCAAAGAGAACGACCCCAGCGGAUUCCUGCAGAUCUCGGAUGCCCUCAUCAAGCGCGUGCACAGCACGGAGGAGCAGUGGGGGCGGGGGGCGCUGCAGCCCCGCGCCAACCCCGAGUUUGACCUCUCCCUCGACAGCGGACCCCUCCUGCACUCCAUCCAGCAGCUCGACUUCCUGCAGACUCGAGCCCAGCCGGCCGUGCCGGCCGCCCCACUGCUGCAGCUGGAGGAGUGCUCGACGCAGACCAACAGCGCCACGCUGUCGUGGAAGGCGUCGCCGCUGUCAUCGGCCAACAUCGAGGGAUACGUCCUGGAGCUCGACGAUGGCACUGAGGGCUUAUUCAGGGAGGUGUACGUGGGCACGGAGACGCUGUGCACCGUGGAUGGCCUGCACUUCAGCAGCACCUACAGCGCGCGCGUCAAGGCCUUCAACAAAGCUGGAGUCGGGCCCCACAGCAAGACCGUGGUGCUGCACACCUCCGAGGUGGCGUGGUUCUCGCUGGACCCCAGCUCCGCCCACCAGGACGUGAUCCUGAGCAACGGGAACCUGACGGCGUCGUGCAGCAGCUACGACGAGCGCGUCGUGCUGGGCUCGGCGGGGUUCACGCGCGGAGUUCACUACUGGGAGGUGACGGUCGACCGCUACGACAACCACCCGGACCCCGCGUUCGGGGUCGCGCGCCUCGACGUCACGAGGGACGCGAUGCUGGGUAAAGACGAUCGGGCUUGGGCCAUGUACGUGGACAACAACCGGAGUUGGUUCAUGCACAACAACUCGCACACACACAGGACGGAGGGCGGCAUCGCAAAGGGCGCCACGGUCGGGGUGCUACUCGACCUGACGCGACGCAUCCUCGCCUUCUUCAUCAACGAUGAGCCGCAGGGUCCCGUGGCCUUUCAUGACCUGCAGGGCAUCUUCUUCCCGGCCAUCAGCCUCAACCGCAACGUGCAGGUGACGCUGCACACAGGGCUGGAGCCUCCAGACGUGCAGACGGAGGAGGAGGCGGCGGCGGUGGCGGCGGCACGGCCCACGGCGACCGUUUGAGCCCCGUUGCUACCAGCGGCAUCUUCACGAAUCCUCGGAAGCACUUACCAAAUUAAACGACGUGACGCAAAUGCUGCACAGGUCACUGUGCCAGACUUGCAAAGUAUAGAAACAGAAACGCGAGAGCUGGGCACGUCGAAAUGAACGCAUUUUAGAACUUUGCUCCAACAAGAACAUUCGAUUCAUGGAAUUGUCCACAGGUGGGGGAUUUGCUUAUCUGUCACGCCGAUACCAGCUGCCGUUUCUACUGCGUUGCUGGAGAUGCAGAGUGAGGAUGAGGGUUGGCACAUACCCCUACCGGAAUUGGUACAGCCCACCCCCCCAGAUGUCUCCCACACUGAGUACCUCCCCCUGAUGAAAUGAUGCAUUUUACGUUUGGGUUGAAAUGGGGGGCGGGGGGGGGGUGACUAAGAAAAUGGUGUCUUGCACACACGGUGUUCCACAGUGGAUGUUAUAAUAUAGGCGUGCAGUGCGUAGCAGAGGUUAAUUACGAAGGGUGGUUAUCAUAGAACCUUUUUGCUUGCAGUGGCGGGGAGGAAGACAGUAGAAAUAACGCUUUACUGUCAUCAAAAUUACCAAAGUAAUACUGUGUGAUUACUCUAUUAUCACUGUGUAGACUACUGUUACUUGGCAUGUACCAAUUGCUUACAUUUUAUUUAAAGAAAUAUUUAUUAAAAUUCAACAAUUCAAAAGACAAACGACCAUUGCCACCAGCUUAGAGAAACGAUACGUGUUAGCGACUUUGGUCAAUGCCAGAACAGCAACAUCCGAUGCAUUUAGAUCUCGCCACAAACCCCGGUAAUUGUAUACUUUGGUAGUGUUGGUGGCCGAGUUUUCUUUUGCCACAUUGUCGUUAAAGCGUCGCCAAACUUUUGGUGUAAAACGGAGCCCCCUAAUGGUGAGUCGACGUUAAUGCAUGAGCAGGUCCUUCCGAGGGCACCGAACGUCGUGGUAAUGGUCACGUACAGACCUGAUGUGCUUCCCGUGAGAGGCCAAGUGGGCCCUGAAGAGAACUGAUGGUACCACCCCCUCCACCCCCCGGCACCCCUGUACUCCCCUGUUGGUCAGGACGCCAAAACUACCGCACACCAAGGCACUGUGACCGCCAAAGCUGUGAAACAAACAAAACAACAGGGCAUGCGAUGAAGUUGCAGACGUGGAGUUAAGGGGGAGUGGAAUAACCAGUACAAAGCUCGGUUGGUUAGGGGUAGGGCUAGCAUUUCACGGGCUAGUUUGCUCCACCCCAUACUGGUUGUUCCUCCUCCCCAUUGCAAAAUAUCGCAUUGUCGGUUGUUGGCUGCAUUUCAUUGCCGGCGUUUACAGCGCGUCUCGUGCCUGAAUUCUCCGCGGCUGUAAGGUGGAAUUGCGGUAGAGGUUUAUUUUCCUUGAAAGGCGAAUUCACUCUGAGGUCUCCAGAUACUCAACGGGAGCAAUGUUUGUCGAUUGUUGGCCACCUGACUGCCUCUGUACUCAAAUCAAAGUGUGCCCCCCCCCGCACCACCACCGUGUUCAAACACGCAUUGGACAGCGCUCAUCUCCCCCGAGCCAGUGGUACGGAGUCGACAUCGCUACGGUGACGGACAGCCAUCCCUCGAGGCCGGAUGACCGGUGUAAACGUUCUGCGUGUAAACGUUCCAAGUGGGACCUAACAUCGCUUCGAAGUUAGUUUGCGCAGCCAGUGGGGUACUGCUCAAUGCUGAGCAGCAAGUUUGAUGGUGUAAAACAAGAAACAUCGGGGCAGUGACCGAAGGCGCAGAGACGCGAGCCGCUCUUAACGUCGAUGGGGGCGGAGGGUGCGGAGCGGUGCACAUCGCUCCGCCUUGGGUUUGGCAAUGCUCAGUUUGCCGUGGGUAUUGCACAGGCGCUUUUUUUCUGCCGUCGAGCCGUAAGCUACGGGCACAGCCUGACUUAGCGGAGCCGUUAUGGAACCAGCAAAGAGUGGCUUCGACUUCAACCUCGUGACAAUUUUGUGCAGAAAAGGCUUCGAGGAACAAGUCUGGAAAUUGGUGCCACAAAUACAGCAAUGCCGUUGUAAUUUUGGCAAGCAAGGGUCAAUGCACAUAUGCGAAGAAGCCCAGUAGUUUUGCAUAAUUGACUAUAUUCAUAUUCUUGGUUCUUUCGGUAAAGUCACGACUAUAUUCACUCAAUGAAUAGAUAGGCAGAACCUUAAUGGUUCAUAACACUAGUUUGCUGAGUUCGGCAGGAUUACUCUCGAUCGGGAAUGCUGCGAGUCGAAGUUUGUGCUUGCUGUAGGCUCUCUCAGAUGUAGGGAAAUGUGACACCUGCUUGCCCAACAUCACUGAAACGAGCGGGUGUCUGCACUCACACCGCCCUCGUGUUCCCUACAGUCGCGCGGGUCCCGUUUCCAUGAGUAUUUUUUGUCGGGCCCUUAGAGCCAUGCACGCUCGAAUACGGCGGGCACAUUCCCCCAGACUCUUAGAGGGGGCCACCAGUCGCCAGACGAAACAACAAAGCGCAUUGUCGGAUAGGAGAGUGAGAAACUGAGGAUACGCAUUGGGGGGCCAAACUCACGUGAGCAAUGUCUGCUGAGUGGUUCGGACACUCCAACCACAAUGCUCCUCUAGAGUGCUGUUAAAGACAGUGCCUAUACUAUUUGGCCAAAAUGAGAGAGGCCUUUCGUCCCAUCGGAGUGAUGAAUUUGAAAUCUUGUCAAAAGUCUCUCAAGUGGUGCUCAUCUCUGGUGGUGGCCCUGAGCAAGUGGAUGCAGUUCCACAUUACCGGUGCAGAGGCCAGUAUAUUCGUAGGACUUUGCACAAAGUGGUGCUCAUUGAGCCAGGAAAGUUGAGAGGCUGUCGACCCCUGACUGGGAUACAAAUGAUCCACCUGGUCGUGGUUGGAGCAGGAGAGAAUAUAUGAACAGAAAUUAUACCUAGACAGCAAAAAAGCAGCUAAACCUUUGCAGUUCCAGAGAGCUCUCUCAACUCGGCUGAGCGCUUGGCACGUAGGUGUUUAUAGGAGGUAUUUAUUGGUGAAAUGACGAUGUGGGAUUUGGGAAAUUGUGGGUAGUUCACCAAAUUGAGCAACUUUGGCACUUCUUGCCAAACUUAUGCAGCAAAUGCAUUACAAUUGUUCGUGGCCGAUAGACGCUAAAAGGUGCUUCUCAUAAGCUUUCGGUGUUUUUUUCAAUCAGUCUACGAGUAUUGCUUUUAUCCUGGCAAAACCCACCAGCAGUUGUUUAUAGAAUACACCUCUCAGGAAAACGUUGAUUCUCCAUUCGUGAGGUGGCCGCUUAUCUCUUACUCCUCCUCUGGACUGUGCUGCCAUGCAGCUGAGACCAAUGCAGGUUAAAUAAAAGUUCAAGGUGUCACCAUGCUCAAACGGCGUCCUUGAGCAGGUGGUGGAAAUUCCAUGACUCCAAAGGUACGGUCAAGGAGACCAACACUGACCGACGCGAGCAAUGAACAACAACAACACGUCAACAGCAAUUAGGUUUUGUAUAAUACCAGCGUCGCUUUCCGCUCGCAUGUUAGGCUAGAGCCAAGUGGUAGCUUAGCAUUUUGAUGUCGCUGUGAAUAUACUACGAGGCGGAAGUAAUAAGUGUCCGCCAUUAUGUGUACGCGAUGCAUGCUGGGACUUAAUUGGGUUCAGGCGUGAUCUAAGUAAAAGAAGAAAAAUGCAAUUUCUUAAAUUUGUUUCCAUCUUUUACAUUUUUUAAAAUAGGUUUUCGAUUAAAUUUACAGUAUUUCGUUGAUAAUGUUCAACCAAUACCAGCCGUGAACCACAUUUGUGCCAAAAAAAAUGUGUGUGCUGGCCACCUGUCCCAUCGCCCAGUGUGUCCAGCAUUUAAGUCAAGCAGCGCUGAACAAGCGUUGGUGCUGUCCUGAGCCUUUCUGUACUCUAAUGCAAUUCAUGUGCAAAAUAUUUGACGACUUAUAUUUGUAUGUUAAGGCUGCAGCGAAUCUGUACUCACAUUGGGAGGUAUGGGGUAUGGUUGGAUGUUAUAUGUACAACCAAAAUCCAGUUUGAAUUCCAAUAAUUUCUUACUAUAUACCAUGUGACCAUGCAUGGAUAGGAUGUCCAUGAGGAAUAUUCCACUUGUGGUGGUGAAUCACUUCUGAAGGUCACAUCACCCACAUUAUAAUAUGGCAUGCCAUACAACAAGGCAUGCAGUCACCUGAACACUGGCUACAAAUGUCCUGCCAUAGCGUAUUUUAAACCCACAAUAUCAGUUCAGGCGAGGUGAGCAAUUGCGAGAUAUUACAGUCAAAAGUUUGGCAAGUGUGUGUGGUAUAUAUAUCUGUGGUGACCCCGUUUGGAAGGGUCUUUGCGACUGACCAUCGACUUCCUCGGACAUCACAUUUCAUUUUGUAAUCCCCACCACCCGGACCAGAAGUGUGCUUGCGUUUGACAAGGGUCAGCCCAUCCAUUCCUCUCCAAUCCCCUCCUCUUAACCACACUCUGGGUGGGACAUUGCUUUUACUUUGAAUUCAAUUUGUCAGCAGUGAACGGAUAAAUGGGUAGAUAGAUCUAUACAUUACUUUUAUAUAUAACAAGGUAAGAGCCCAUUGAGGCUAGAAGUCUCUUUUUCAAGGGCGACUUAGAUGUUGUGGCCAAACUGUGUAAGGAUUCUGGGCCUUGCUGGUUGGGGUGAUACGUUAGAGAAAGGGUCUCUAUACUUUAAAAAGCUGCACACGCGAGGCUAGAAUCACCAGCUGACCUGAUUCUAAAUGUUUGUCAAUGUGAAUUGUCACCGCGAAGCAGUGACGAUAUGGAAUUUCUGCUCCGUGCUCACUGUAUCAGAUCCUCUUAUCCAUAGAGGUGCACAUUGUCAAUGCAAAUGGUGCUACAUUAAUGUUGACCCUUAAUUGGGAUUUCAGCCUUGCUACAUGGUAGGGUGAGCUGAUCGUGGAACGGUGGUGCAUGGGUGCCUUUAAAGGAUCCAUAUGAGAACGUGUUCACAUCAGCCCAAUUGUGCUGAACAUUACCGGGAGUGGCUCCACCAAUAUUGUGAAAAUGUUUGGCACAGGCAGUGUUUUAACUGAUCAUUUAAAGGUUCAUAGAGCUCCUAUGUCAUGAAAUAAAUUAAACCUUACAAGGAGCUACUUAGAAGGUCACUCAUGAAAUAGAAAACCCUGAUUGUAAUAUAAUGCGUUGGACUGACAGGGCGGCUCAGAGACCCCGAGUCUCAAUGUUUGGUACAAUAACGUGGUGCCGGUUUAAAUCUGUGCAACUGAGGAUGACAACUGGGUCAGAAAAUUGUUAAUGCACUCGCCAUUGAGAGCCAGUUUGCUGCUUGUAAACUGGCUCGGUGGGAUGACUAUGGUGCACCAAUGCAGUGUUGUGAAAGAUACAUUCAUCACCUGACCUUAAUUCGAAUAUUUCCCCCCACCCGCCCCUCAACACCCGAGGGACGGGUGGGGGGGAUAUUUUCUGGAGCUCAGCCCUGAACAGCUAAGGCUGAAAUUAAGUCAUGUUAUUGACCCUGUGACUUCAUUUACAGGAGUAUGCAACUGCUUAUGGAAUAUAGCCAUAAUGUAAAGUUAAAAUAUAAGUUGCAACUACAUUUUGGUGAAACAAUACUAUACCUGGCUAGUUGGAGCAGUAGUUAAGUGCGGGACUCACAAUCGUAAGGUUGAAAUCAUGGGUCCAGGGGUUGACUCAGGCCAUCUUCUCUGUGGGGUCAUUGGAAUGUGAGAAAUUAAUAUCACGUAUGUAUGUUGAACAUUUUUCGCACCGUACGUAGCCAAUCGUGCUAAUCUGAGGUGCGGGGAUAGGACAACAAACUAAACAUAAAAAGCAGUUAUAAAGAAAUUAGUUUUCAAUGUAUCGCUGUGAGAAGUCAACAAGGUUUUGUCCGAUAAUGACACUGCCCACACCAUGGGAAUGUGGAUUGUCUACCACUGGCUCAGGACUGCUCAUAGAAAUGC